AUGUUGCUCCUCUGGACAGGGUCCAUCCCCAUGUUUGAGGAUUUUGUCAGACUUCUUAACGAAAACGAUAUCAAUUUGAAAUUGACCCAUGUCAUAGAUCAACAUGAAUUGGUUUUCCUUGAUCUUAAAAUCUUGCUGGAACAGGAUGGCACCAUCCAAACAGAACUCUUUAGAAAGGCGACAUCAACCAACAGAGACAAUUUCCACGUUCUUGAAAAGCUUGGAGAAGGGACCUUUGGUCAAGUUUUACUGGCUCAUGACAAGCUAGCAGGUCGAUCAGUGGCGCUAAAACUGAUGAAGAAAGAGAAAACCCACCAAGAUGCCUUUGUCAAGGAAUUCAAGGUUGCGGUCUAUCUUUCUCAUCACAGGGGGAUCAUUACUACCUACCCCUACUUCUUUGAUAACCUGCACAACUACAUCUAUGUCCAGGAGGUGGCAACAGCAGGGACCCUUGAAUCCAUUAUUGUUGAGAAGGUUGGGUUACCAGAAUACAUUGUGAAGCGUUGUGCUGCUCAGAUCUCCGAAGCAUUAUUUUUCAUUCAUAAUCAAGGGUUGGUGCAUAGAGACCUGAAACCAGACAACAUCUUGCUUAUGGAUAAAGAAUGCCACAACAUCAAGAUCGGAGAUUUUGGUCUAACAGAACGUUUUGGUAGAUUCAUCCCAUCGAUGUCUCAUAUAAUACCAUACAUGGCACCUGAACUUUCUAUUCUGGAACCUAACCAGUAUCUACACUUGAGUCCAAGUAUUGAUGUCUGGGCAUUUGGAGUCACCCUGUAUGUAGCUCUCACUGGCUGCUUUCCAUGGCUGGAAGCUGUAAACAGAGACCAUCAAUUCCAGAUAUUUGCAAGCUGGAAAACAUAUGGCAAGUUAGACGCUUCCCCUGUUUCCUGGCAGGGUUUCACCAGGGAAGCAUUGGUCAUGUUUUCCAGUUUACUUUCACUGGAUCCUUCCUUUAGAAUGUCUGGUGGCAUUGUUUACAAUUACCUGCAUGUACCAUGGAGAUAUAAAGAGCUGAAUAUUAAUAGAACAGAUCUACAGCCACUUUCUCCUAUACACUUGUCGUUGUCUUGUAUCACAGAUACUAAGGCUGAUGUCUUGUCCAGACAAUUUGAUAUGGAAGAUGAUAUUGAAGAGGUUAUCUCCCACAAUUCCCUAUGA